GAGUUCAUCUUGUAAAAUCUGAAAUGAGAAGUGUUUUUAAAAGAGAAAUGUUCUCUGUUGUAAACAAGUCUCCCUCCCCCUCCCUCUUCUUCCUGCUCUCAAACACAGCCAGCUCCACUCUGACUCUAUAUUUCCUGGUUCCCUCCCCUUUAGAUCUACAAGUUGAGGAUGGGUGUAACCAACAAGAGCUGACGUUCACUGAACAAACACAUGCUGUGCAGAUCAGAGGUGGAGCUAGUUUGAUUUCUCAGGAAGUGAAACUCAGACAGUCGUUGUUACCGAGAGAAGAAAUGGCGCAGAAAGGAGUUCAGCUGGGUCAGGAAACUAUUUCUUGUUCGAUCUGUCUGGAUCUCCUGAAGGAUCCGGUGACUACUACCUGUGGACAUAGUUACUGUAUGAACUGUAUUAAAAGCCACUGGGAUCAAGAGGAUGAAAAGACAAUCUACAGCUGCCCUCAGUGUAGACAGGACUUCACACCGAGGCCUGUCCUGAGGAAAAACACCAUGUUGGCAGUUUUAGUGGAGGAGCUGAAGAAGACUGGACUCCAAGCUGCUCCUGCUGAUCACUGCUAUGCUGGACCUGAUGAUGUGGCCUGUGAUGUCUGCACCGGGAGGAAACUGAAAGCCUGUAAGUCCUGUCUGCAGUGUCUGGCCUCUUACUGUGAGAAACACCUUCAGCCUCAUUUUGAAGUACCUCCAUUAAAGAAACACAAGCUAGUGGAGCCCUCCAAGAAGCUCCAGGAGAACGUCUGCUCUCGUCAUAAUGAGGAGAUGAAAGUAUUUUGUCGGACUGAUCAGCAGUCUAUCUGUCUCCUCUGUUUAAUGGACGAACACAAAGGUCAUGACACAGUCUCAGCUGCAGCAGAAAGGACAGAGAGGCAGAGAGAGCUCGGGGUGAGUCGACAAAACAUCCAGCAGAGAAUCCAGGACAGAGAGAAAGAUGUGAAGCUGCUUCAACAGGAGGUGGAGGCUAUCAAUCACUCCGCUGAUAAAACAGUGGGGAACAGUGAGAAGAUCUUCACUGAGCUGAUCCGUCUCAUGGAGAAAAGACGCUCUGAUGUGAAGCAGCAGGUCAGAUCCCAGCAGCAGACUGAAGUGAGUCGAGUCAGAGAGCUUCAGGAGAAGCUGGAGCAGGAGAUCACUGAGCUGAAGAGGAGAGACGCUGAACUGGAGAAGCUCUCACACACAGAAGAUCACAACCAGUUUCUACACGACUACCCCUCACUGUCACCACUCAGUGAAUCUACACACUCAUCCAGCAUCAAGAUCCGUCCUCUGAGGUUCUUUGAGGACGUGACAGCGGCUGUGUCAGAAGUCAGGGAUAAACUACAGGACGUCCUGAGAGAGAAAUGGACAAACAUCUCACAGACAGUGACUGAAGUGGAUGUUUUACUGUCAGGACCAGAACCAGAGCCCAAGACCAGAGCUGAGUUCUUAAAAUAUUCAUCUGACAUCACACUGGAUCCAAACACAGCACACACACGGCUGUUAUUAUCUGAUGAGAACAGAAAAGUAACAUUAAUGAGUAAACAUCAGUCUUAUUCUAGUCACCCAGACAGAUUCACUUAUUACCGGCAGGUCCUGAGUAAAGAGAAUCUGACUGGACUUUGUUACUGGGAGGUGAAGUGGGGUGGGAAAGGAGUUUGUGUAGCAGUCACAUACAAGAAUAUCAGCAGAGCAGGGAGCUCACAUGAAUGUUUGUUUGGACGUAAUGACAAAUCUUGGGUGUUAUAUUGUGACAACAACAGUUAUAACUUUUAUUACAACAAUGUCAGCACUCCUGUCUCAGGUCCUCGGUCCUCCAGAGUAGGAGUGUACCUGGAUCACAGAGCAGGUAUUCUGUCCUUCUACAGCAUCUCUGAAACCAUGACUCUCCUCCACAGAGUCCAGACCACAUUCACUCAGCCUCUACAUGCUGGACUCCAGUUUUAUUAUUCUGGAGACUCUGCUGAGUUGUGUAAACUGUGUUUGUAUGAGACCUGGGUGGGCGUUUACACCCUGAAGGACUGCUACCCCGUGCAGGAGACCUCCGCCAGGAACAGCAGCGUCACCACCUCCACCCGCUUCUUCAACCUGCAGCUGGGCAUCAGCGACCCCGACGUCGAGAGGAUUACUGGGGGCAGAAAGCCUUCUCCAAACCCUUCGAUUCAAAGAAGAGUUCAUCUUGUAAAAUCUGAAAUGAGAAGUGUUUUUAAAAGAGAAAUGUUCUCUGUUGUAAACAAGUCUCCCUCCCCCUCCCUCUUCUUCCUGCUCUCAAACACAGCCAGCUCCACUCUGACUCUAUAUUUCCUGGUUCCCUCCCCUUUAGAUCUACAAGUUGAGGAUGGGUGUAACCAACAAGAGCUGACGUUCACUGAACAAACACAUGCUGUGCAGAUCAGAGGUGGAGCUAGUUUGAUUUCUCAGGAAGUGAAACUCAGACAGUCGUUGUUACCGAGAGGAGAAAUGGCGCAGAAAGGAGUUCAGCUGGGUCAGGAAACUAUUUCUUGUUCGAUCUGUCUGGAUCUACUGAAGGAUCCGGUGACUACUACCUGUGGACAUAGUUACUGUAUGAACUGUAUUAAAAGCCACUGGGAUCAAGAGGAUGAAAAGACAAUCUACAGCUGCCCUCAGUGUAGGCAGGACUUCACACCGAGGCCUGUCCUGGGGAAAAACACCAUGUUGGCAGUUUUAGUGGAGGAGCUGAAGAAGACUGGACUCCAAGCUGCUCCUGCUGAUCACUGCUAUGCUGGAUCUGAAGAUGUGGCCUGUGAUGUCUGCACCGGGAGGAAACUGAAAGCCUGUAAGUCCUGUCUGCAGUGUCUGGCCUCUUACUGUGAGAAACACCUUCAGCCUCAUUUUGAAGUACCUCCAUUAAAGAAACACAAGCUAGUGGAGCCCUCCAAGAAGCUCCAGGAGAACGUCUGCUCUCGUCAUAAUGAGGAGAUGAAAGUAUUUUGUCGGACUGAUCAGCAGUCUAUCUGUCUCCUCUGUUUAAUGGAUGAACACAAAGGUCAUGACACAGUCUCAGCUGCAGCAGAAAGGACAGAGAGGCAGAGAGAGCUCGGGGUGAGUCGACAAAACAUCCAGCAGAGAAUCCAGGACGGAGAGAAAGAUGUGAAGCUGCUUCAACAGGAGGUGGAGGCUAUCAAUCACUCCGCUGAUAAAACAGUGGGGAACAGUGAGAAGAUGUUCACUGAGCUGAUCCGUCUCAUGGAGAAAAGACGCUCUGAUGUGAAGCAGCAGGUCAGAUCCCAGCAGCAGACUGAAGUGAGUCGAAUGAGAGAGCUUCAGGAGAAGCUGGAGCAGGAGAUCACUGAGCUGAAGAGGAAAGACGCUGAACUGGAGAAGCUCUCACACACAGAAGAUCACAACCAGUUUCUACACGACUACCCCUCACUGUCACCACUCAGUGAAUCUACACACUCAUCCAGCAUCAAGAUCCGUCCUCUGAGGUUCUUUGAGGACGUGACAGCGGCUGUGUCAGAAGUCAGGGAUAAACUACAGGACGUCCUGAGAGAGAAAUGGACAAACAUCUCACAGACAGUGACUGAAGUGGAUGUUUUACUGUCAGGACCAGAACCAGAGCCCAAGACCAGAGCUGAGUUCUUAAAAUAUUCAUGUAACAUCACACUGGAUCCAAACACAGCAAAAACACAGCUGUUAUUAUCUGAUGAGAACAGAAAAGUAACAUUAAUGAGAAAACAUCAGUCUUAUUCUAGUCACCCAGACAGAUUCACUGGUCGGUGUUGGCAGGUCCUGAGUAAAGAGAGUCUGACUGGACUUUGUUACUGGGAGGUGGAGAGAAGAGGAGAUGUUUGUGUAGCAGUCACAUACAAGAAUAUCAGCAGAGCAGGGAGGUCAGAUGAAUGUUUGUUUGGACGUAAUGACAAAUCUUGGGUGUUAGAUUGUUACAACAACAGUUAUAACUUUUAUUACAACAAUGUCAGCACUCCUGUCUCAGGUCCUCAGUCCUCCAGAGUAGGAGUGUACCUGGAUCACAGAGCAGGUAUUCUGUCCUUCUACAGCAUCUCUGAAACCAUGACUCUCCUCCACAGAGUCCAGACCACAUUCACUCAGCCUCUACAUGCUGGACUCGGGUUUUAUUCUGUUGGAGACUCUGCUGAGUUGUGUAAACUGAAAUAGACAGAAGUCAUUAACGAGACAGAUGUUUAACUUGCUGUGUUUUAAAUCUUCAACUUGAUUUUUAUUCACGCUCGUUGCUGAGAUCUGAUCGUCGUCACCUGUCAAUCAAACUUUAUGGGCGGUACUUUGACCUCUUCUCGUCUGUUCUGUAAAUGUUUGAGUGUCUUUAAGUGACACUCCUUCCUGUGUCUGUUUAGCCGUGGACUCUUUCACUGCUCAGGAUGACUUUUGUUCACCUGAACUGACAUUUCUCUACAUGUAAAUAUCAACUUCUCUCCACUCUCCAUGUUUGAUUAUUUGUAUUCAUACAUUUAUAUGCUGUUGUUUCUGUUCUGAUUCAUGAGUCUGAAGAGAGAGAGCAGCAAACUUUUCUUUAAUGUUGAUUUUCUCUUCUCACCACUUUGUACAUUUGUAGAAAAUCUAUAAAAUCACACUUAAAGAAAUGAGUCAGUCAGAAUAAAUGUUGUUGUUCAUAUUCAAAGUAAAAAAUGUCCUCUGAGGUAUUUUAAAACUGUAAUCCUCCUGAUUAAAUCAAUAAGGAGAUAAAUCAUCGUUUUCUUUUGAGUGAGAGAUUCUGAUCAAACAAACUGAUUGUGUGGAUGAAGUGAAUGUGUUCAUGAAAUGAUUGAACAAGAGACAUUGAACACACUUUACUGAUUUGAUGUUUGAACAAACUGAAGUUUGACUUCCUGAAUAAACACAUGAACAAAAUGUU